GCUGUGUCUCCCUACCCUACUUGUACACGUGUGCGCGCUUGUCUCUUCUCCAUUGCGCUUGCGCAGGGAGGUGUGCCGUGUUAGUCGAGAAAAAAGAAGUCUGGAUUUUUUUACAGAUUCAAUUUGAGUCCAUUUAGCAAACACAAAACUGUAUUCAAAGAACAACGAGUUCCUGGACUUAACUUUGUGGGUUAAUGUAAUUCGGUGCUAUUUUAAUAGAAAAGGCGCUGAACAGGGUGCACGGUUGAAAAUGAUGUAAAGAAGAAACGAGGUGUUUUAAAAUCCUAGGACCCUCUCUGGAGCUAAUUCUUAUAGGAUAAGAACAGUCGCUUCAGCUAUUUGGCUGUGGUCAACGUAAAUAGCACGUUGGAUGCCUGAAUAAAGACAGGGACAAAGGGGGGGGAUACAAGACUAUUCAAAGAUGCUGAAGAAGAGGUCAGCUGCAAUUAUAUAUAACUGUGUCUCCGCCGUGCUGGUGUUGACUGUGCUGCCCAGGUGUGUGAUACCUGCACAGGCAGACAACUCUCCCAACAAGGACGGACCUGCCGUUCACAUUCCUGCUUUGUUGAACGUUACUCUGUUGGAUUCCAACGGGAACACGCCUAAGCUUCUCUGGAGAAUUGAGGGGCAAUACGGCCAAGAUUCCCCCAAGACUGAAGCUAAAGGAACGAUAAUAGCACCAGUACCCAUUAAUGGAGUUGCAGACCGUCUGGGUUGUGACCGUCAGACUCGCUUCCUUGUCCCUCCCAAUACCAAGCACUGGGUUGCACUGCUGCAUAGAGGAAACUGCACCUUCAAGGAGAAGAUCCUGAGAGCGGCCGCGUUCAACGCCUCUGCUGUCGUCAUCUACAACAACAUGUCCAAGGAAGAGACCAUCACCAUGGCGCACACAGGUACUGGGGACAUUGUGGUGGUGAUGAUCACAGAGUCCAAAGGCAAGGAGCUCCUGAGCUACAUCGAGAACCACCUGACAGUGAUGGUAUCCAUUAUGGUGGGGACGCGCAGCAUGAUGAAGAACAUCAACCGAGGAUCGCUGGUCUUUGUCUCCAUCUCUUUCAUCGUGCUCAUGAUCAUCUCCUCCGCCUGGCUCAUAUUCUACUUCAUCCAGAAGAUCCGCUAUUCCAACGCUCGCGACAGGAGCCAGCGCCGACUUGGAGAUGCAGCUAAAAAAGCCAUAAGCAAGCUUUCCACUCGGACUGUGAAAAAGGGUGACAAGGAAACAGACCCAGACUUUAACCACUGUGCAGUUUGCAUUGAAGGAUACAAGCUAAAUGAUGUGGUUCGCAUUCUACCUUGCAAGCAUGUCUUCCAUAAGAUGUGUGUGGACCCCUGGCUGAACGAACACUGUACCUGCCCCAUGUGCAAGCUCAACAUUCUCAAGGCCCUCGGGAUUAUGCCAAACCUACCUUGUGUGGACAAUGUUGCCUUUGACAUGGACAUGAUAUCCAGAAGUCAGUCCAGUCAGAUGUCAAUUCUAGGAGAUUCAACCAAUGAAAACUCAAUCAGCAUGGAGCCCCUGAGACAUUCUGGGACGUCCCAGAUCCCUUUGGAGGCUGAGCUGACGCCUCGCUCUGGAGAGAUUAACAUCGCCGUCACCAGUGGUCAUUUCUUCAGUCGCAGCUCCCUAUCCCCUCGAAACUUGGUCUGCGAGAUCGAGCUUCCGGACAUCCAGCCUUCCCUGGACCUUUACGACGAUAAUAAGUCCUGAGAUUACCUCCUGUCUGCCUCUCUGGCUUUCCCCUCUCAGAUGCACAACGAAAAAAUGAGAAGAAAAAAAUACAGCACAACGACAAACUAUGGGAGUACAAUCCCUGCGCUGCGAGGCAUACCUGCAACAUCAAUUCUUACAGAAUGUGCCCUAACAAUCCUGGAAAAGAAGGGGUUUUUCGUGUACAUGUACAUACUUGAUUUAUUUUUAAUUUAAUAUUAUUUUUAAUUAAGAUUACUAUUUGUGCUGGAAUGACUGGAUUGUUUUUGCUUUUGUUAAGAGUGUGCGCUAGCGUCUUAUUUUUUAAGCAGAAAAUUGUAAUGAGAGGCAAACAUUUUGACCAAAUCAAUCCUCUUUCUUAAAUUUGACUGAUCACCUAAUAACCCUGUGUUUUGAGUGGAUUUAAAUAGCCCAUGUGCAUCUGAAAUAUUAUUAGCUUACCAUUUUUGUUCCUCUUCCAAAAAAAACUGCUAUUCCUAUCUGGUCAAAGCUGUCGCAGUGGACGAUUCUGGAGAGAUUGACCUGCUGGAUCAUCCUGACCUUAUUUUGGGUAUUCUAAUACUGAGCCAGGAAUACCCAGCAUCAGAGCGUGGAUAAAUCCUGUGGUAACUGAUACAUCUCCAUACACAACUUCCUUCCUGUCCUCUAUCUUGUUGUUUUUCCUCCUGAAACCUGUAAGCUCUUUAAUAAUCUCUCUGCAGUGUCGUUCAGGUUGCCUCUUAAAUUUGGUGUUUAUUCAUCUAUAAAAGACAGGGAGCUGCAGGUAGUUGUUAGGUUGUUGGAGGGAAGGUCUCAAAAAGGAAAAGGUUUUUCAAGAUUUAGUUCAUUGUGUUGUACCUGACUGGGCUCAAGCUGGCAUAACAUUCUUUUGUGAAAGCAGCAUUGUUUAAGUGUCCCACCACAAGCAGCUAAAGGGGUUAUGGUAAGAGUGCAGACUGAUAUUGUAAUUUCCCAGUUAUUUUGUAUUUUAUUACUGUUUUUCAAAGAUCAGUUCUCCCCUCUCCCCUAAUCAACUGGCGUCCUCUGAAUGGAUGUGGAUUUAAUUGAGAUGUCACAACGACAAUUGGGGGAGGGGAGUUAUUUAACACCUGAUUAAACUCUAUACAAUCGGACUGCUAUUGCUUCAUAGGUAGUUUAAAAGUAUGGAGAUUCUGAAGAAGAAACACAUUUGGAAUUUUAAAUGCCCUCUCUUUGUUUGUGGCCAGUGCAAAACAAUUGUAUAAAUGAUGCUGCAAAACAUCAUUAAACUAGAGAUAUUAAUCAAAAUGCAUAUACUGAAUCAAUGUAUAAUUUAUAAUUGAUAUGACAAACCCAUUAAAUAUGAAUGGCUCACUGCUGCUCAGGGACAGUCUCAAGUUCAGAGCAGUUGUUCACAAAGCCAUAUAUACAACACUGCCUGGGUAGCAUGCUAAGGCUGGGCCAUUUAUUUAGCAAAUGUUGGGAUCAAAAGCAACACAACUUGUCCCCUAAACGAGGUAGGAUUCUACUGUAACAUCAUCGAGGAAAAGCUCAAUAUGGCAGCUUUUGAGUGCAAUACAGUAUUAUGAAUUUGCAGUUGACCAUGGUAGUGAAGAAGUAUGGUAAGUCUGGUAAGUUCAUUGGUGGUUGAGACACUCAGCUGCAGUAUUUUUUCAGAAGGAUUUCUUAUUGCAUAUUUUACUCAUUUUAAUUGUUAUUUAGACCAAGUUAAGUGUUUGGAAUGCUUAUUUGGUAGCAGUAGAGUAAUGCAAAGAGGCUUAUAAAAUAUCUUUUCACAUAAACGUAUCCACAGGAUGUAAAGGUUUGGUUUUGUUUUUUGCAAGAAUUGAGUGUUUCAUUCCAAAUGAGUUUCUUUUGAACUUGACUGUUCUCUAGCACUAUCACUUCUACAAACGUUCCACAGCACCCAAGGCCAUGCAGAUAUGCACAAUAGAGUUGGUACUGUUUUGUUGUUUAAAAUAACCUGGUACUUUAUUCAUGUAAUGGCCGCUUGUUAUGUUUUGCUUGAGGCUUCUGGUUCAAUAUCUGUGUUUCACUGUGUGCCUUUAAAUCUCUCUCUCAAUCUCUCUCUCUGUCUGUCUCUCUCUGUCUCUCUCUCUCUCUCUCUCUCUCUCUCUCUCUCUUUCUCUGUCUCUGUGUGUUUUGCAGUAUACAAACUAGAGAUUAAACUUUUCAAAAACAAGGAGAGUGGCAUUGUGUUGCACUUUAUUAUUUAAACAUGUGGUAUGUUUGUGAAACAAGUGGUCGUCCCUUAGUUUUACGUAUGUGUACAGUCAGUGUGUUUGUAUGUAGAGUAGGUUUGUAUGUAGGUAUAUACAAUAAAUACAGUGCUUAAUACAUAUGCAGAUCCACUCCUACUGUAUGUCUUAUCUGAGCUUUUAUACACAAACACACACAGUUUAGUUUGUUAACAGCUAAUAAAAUGAAUGCUGAAGACAAAACUUGCAAUGCGAAUGUUUUUCUGUGUUGAAACAUUCAAUACUGCACAACAAGCGGAAUUCAAAAAGUGCGAGUUGCAGUUUAAACAGACAUUUUGAUUGACAAGUGAUUCAAACAAAAACUAAACAGGGAGGUUGGGAAAACCUGACAAAUGGGACUGGGUGUGAAAACAUUCGACCACCAUGUGGCUGUAUAUGUGAAGUUGCAUUCACUUUCAGUGAGGCAGCAGUUGUAACAUUUAACCACUGAAUGGCGCCAAAAUGUCAUUAGAAUAGAAGGUGAAUGUAGGAGGAUGUAGGAAGAUGUUUUUACCCUGAUUUUUGCAUAUCCAUAAAAGGAGCUGGAGAACUACAGUACGGUACAUGUUACUUCUCUUUUAGGGUUCUGUACAUAAUCAUUUUCCACAUCAGUAUGUACUGAUUUCCGAAUUAAUGUAAUUUGCUUCCUUCAUUCUGGAAGAGACCUUUGAAGCCCAUGUCCUCACAGUCUCACUCUUCUGUUCAGUUUAUUUCAACUCCUUUUGCUUUUUUCCAAAGCCAACAGGCCAGCAAGCUAAAGCUUAAAUCUGUAAUGCUACCUGUAACCUUUGUAUAAAAUGUAAAAUACUAAUAUACAUUGAAACUUUUUGUGUACAUGUUGAAUAUGUGUUGAAGGGGUACAGUGAUAUUCGUUACUGUUUGUAGCGGUUGGGGGGGGGGGGUCUCCGGUGACAAUAAUAAAAGCAGUGUUUCUCCAUAGUUUUCCAUGAAGUGAAUGUCCUUUCUUUUAUAAGAGGGGGGAUAUUCAAAUCAUUAUAAAUCUACAUGCUGUAACAUGGUGUGAUGUAGGGUUAACACGAUUGCGUUUGUGAUAGGGUUGUAAUUUUUUUUAUUAUUAAUUUUCAGAGAGGGUCCAAAUUCUGUACUGUAUGUCCGCUUUCCCCUGUGUUUUAGUCCCCUUUGUCAAUUUACAGGGGUCUGAACUCUGGGUGACAUGAAAGUGAUGCAGCUGCAGGUAUGUCUGCCUCUGCCUCACAAUGGCUGUUGCCCUAGUUCAGCAGUGUGUCCUGCGAUUACCCUGUGCUGCAUUGUGGUUUUCCUUCCUGUGGGUGGUGACACACCUCCCCCAAACCAGCACAGAUCUUUGAAUCCAGUGACCGGCAUCAUUAUUACCAUUAAUCAAAGUGACCAGCACUAAGAGGUUUAACUAUUUAUGUUUCCAACUGCGAAGGGAGGUGAUUGAGUUAAGCACUGUAAGAGACACUCCAGUAAGGUAGCACACUCUGUCCCCCACACCCCCACAAAGAUGUAUGCCCAUUUCUCACCAAUCUGGAAACUGCAGGGGAGAAAUCAGACUGUUGCCCCCUGGACUUGUGCCAUACUGUACUGGCAGCCAAAGAGAGAGGGAAGACUCACCUCCGAUACAACUUCAGAACUGUAGAGCUACACUUCUGGACAGUUGUACUGACAAUCAAAGCUAAAACCAAUAUAAAACUUGCAGUAUACAAUGUAAGGAUAGCAAACAGCGAUAACUAUAUACACUGAACAUUUUGAUAUGUGUACAGUCAACUGUUGUAAUUAAGUGUUAUCUGCCAAUAUUAUGUUAAUAUUAGUGUAUUCCUACAAGAUAACAUUUACUAAUGUAACAUAUUUCAAAUAAAAGUUAAUU